UGACUAGUAUCUUAAGAUGUUUAACCUGUUGUCUGUAAAAAAGCAGUCUCUUCUCCUUCCAUUUUCUCUCUCCUCCGCCUCUUGUAGAACAAAUGCAACACAACAACAACAACAAAUAAUAAAAACUCCAUCUUUUUCUCUCCUCUUUCACCUACUCUUCAUUCUUCAAUGGAGUAGCAGAGAAAAAACAACCCCACUUAAUAAUAAGUGAAAGGAGAGAGAAAAAAAAACACCCACCAUAAAAUAACCCACUUUCAUUCUUUAAACUUAUACACAUUUUAAUGAUCUUAACUUCAAAAAAUAACUCCCAAUGUCAACAUUAAUCACUACCCAACAACACCAUGUUAUUGAUAUUGAGCAAGAACUUCCUCGCCGGAGCUCCGGCGAAGUUUCCGACGACGACGAUGAAGAAAGUGUCUGUUGCUCCGACGAAGAAAAUGAACGUUGUACAAGAGUUGUUACUGAAGAUGGUGUUAAUGGGAGUUUAAAUAGUGAGAAAAGAAGCUUUUCAUCAUCAUCAACUUCUUGUUUAUCGGAAUGUUCAGUGGAUCUAGAGAGAGAAAAUGUUGGAGCUGUAAUUGGGGAGACAAAAAUAAGUCUACAUUUGUCAAAAGUUGAGAGAGAUUGUAGAAUUUGUCAUCUUAGUUUAGAUGGGUCUAACCCUGAAUCUGGGUUCCCAAUUGAAUUGGGUUGUUCUUGUAAGGAAGAUUUAGCUGCUGCUCAUAAACAUUGUGCUGAAGCUUGGUUUAAGAUUAGGGGUAACAAAAUAUGCGAGAUCUGUGGUUCAACGGCUCGCAAUGUGGUUGGCGUGAGUGAAGUUGAACUAAUGGAGCAGUGGAAUGAGACUAACGAUGCUACAGCCACGGCUCCCCCACCUCAUCCUGCCGAGACACGACAUUUCUGGCAAGGGCAUCGGUUUCUGAAUUUUCUGCUUGCGUGUAUGGUCUUUGCCUUUGUCAUCUCUUGGCUCUUUCACUUCAAUGUUCCAUCUUAAGAUUCCUGUACAGAAGCCAUGGCUAGUUGUUGUAAUGUUUCAAGAAAAAAAGAUAAGAAUAUAUAAAUUCUGCAAAGGCUCCAUCAGCAAAAUGCAGGUAUCCUUGUACUCCAUUUCUCUCUCUUCAAGUGUGUCUUAUAGUAGCAUUAGGUAAGGUUUGUUUAUAGUAUUAGACUAGCCUCAAGAGCUCUUUAGCAACUUUCAUGUCAAGUUGUAUCCAUUAUGGAGAUGUAUGUCGACGACAUACAUCGAUCCUAUCACCAUUGCCUAUCAUGUUGUAAUCUGUUAGAUUCACUCUGUUGCAUUUUCACUAGGGAAAAAAAAGAGCAAGUGUAUUAAGAAACUUUUUCAAAGGAGAAAUGAGAUCCUUCUGCUUCUAAGUA